AUGGCCGGUGGUCUUGGAGUUGGAUACGUUGGAGGUUACGGAGGCUACGGAGGUGGCCUAGGCUAUGGCGGAGGUCUCGGAGCCGGAGGGGGAGGUGUAGGAGUCGGGAGCAGCGUGGUCUUGCUCAGAGGAGGUCCUGGAUUCGCCAGGGCUAUAGCGGGACCGGCGUUUUUGGUGAGGACAGUGCAUCACGUCAACAAGGUGCACAGUGGAGGCGCCCUCGUUGCCCACAGCGGUCUGGGAGGCGUUGGCGGAGGCCUCGGUUAUGCUGGAGGAUAUGGUGGCCUUGGCGGACUUGGAUAUGGUGCGGGCCUCGAGUACGGUGGACUUGGAAUAGGCGGUGGCCUUAAGUAUGGUGGAUACGGCUACAAGGGCUAG